AUGUCCAAUAUCCUCUUCUAUUUCCUCACCCUCACGACGCUCGUCACCCUCACCGUGAACGGGCUCGUCUUCCUCGGUCGAUCGCUCAAAAUCCCCGCCCUCGAAUUCUACGGCCGCAGUCUCGCAUCCUUCGUCGCGCUCUUCCUCAGUUCGGUCUAUGCCACGUUCGCUGCAGCAGCCUUCAGCGCGGUCGGCUAUGGCGGCAUGGCACAGUGGACCGCUGGUCGCUUCUUCAAGUGGAUCAUGUUGCUAUUCACGGGCAUCUGGUUCGAUGUGCAAGACCCGGAGAACUACCUAGGCAAUACUCGACCGGCUGUCUUCGUGGGCAAUCACCAGACCGAGUUGGACGUGCUCAUGCUUGGCCACAUUUUUCCCAAGUGGUGCAGCGUCACGUCGAAGAAGAGCUUGUCGAAGAUUCCCUUCCUGGGCUGGUUCAUGCUCAUGAGCAAGACGGUGUUCAUCGAGCGCAAGAGUCGGAGUCAGGCGCUGCAGGCUUUUGAUGCUGCGGCGGAACAAAUGCGGAACGAAAGGCAGAGCGUGUUCAUAUUCCCGGAGGGCACGAGGAGUUACUACGAGAAACCUGACCUACUGGCUUUCAAGAAGGGUGCCUUCCACUUGGCUGUGCAGGCGCAGGUGCCGAUUGUUCCGAUCGUUUCGGCGAACUACAGCAAUGUGCUGAAUGUCAGGUCGAAGAAGUUCCAGCCGGGUAUUAUUCCAACGAGGGUGUUGAAGCCGAUCAGCACAAAGGGAAAGACGAAGGACGAUGUGGACAGUCUGCUGGAGGAGACGAGGAAUGUAAUGAUGGAGGCACUGUUGGAGCUCACGGAGGAGGCGAGAAAACAAGGCGUUGCGAAGCAGGAGCACGAGGCGAGGUCGCACACCAAUGGCGUUGCAAAAAGUUCGGGUGUGGAUGUGGCUUCGAAAGGCAUGAAUGCGGCAGCGUGA